AGUGGGUGUGUGAGCGCGUUCGCUGGCGGCGGUCAGUCACGGCGCGCUACCUCGACACAACGCGACGCAGCUUCAGCAGAGCGGACGCACGCAGCCGCAGCAGCCGCAGCCGCCGCCGCCGACGCCUCUGAAGUUUGUCCCUGCUCCGAGCGCGCGGCGCUCAGAAUCCGCGCACGCGGUGUAGGGAGGCGGCGUGGGGGGGGGGGGGGGAUCUCUGCUCAAGCCGUGUGCCACAACCACCACCACAACAACAACUUCAACAACAACAACAACAACGCGGGUUCCGCGUGCCCACCUGCGCUGCGGCGUGAAGCCCAGGCCAAUCCUCAUCCUCCUCCUCCUCGUGUCGUUGGAGGACUCCACGCGAGGCAUCACCCCGAUGCUGUAAACAGACGCCCAUGUAUCAAAAAGGCAAGUGGCGCCUGCGUUGGGGGCGAGAAGCACUUAAGCGAGGCAACAAUUUCACACGUCUCAUUUUGAUUGCCGUUGUUGUUGUUAUUGUGAUAAUUAAUUAGGUCACAGCGGGGUUAAUCAGCUGGGCGGAAUGUUCGUGAACGGACGUCCGCUGCCGGACUCCACGCGGCACCGGAUCAUCGAAUUGGCUCACAGUGGGGCCAGGCCCUGUGACAUCUCCCGCCUCCUGCAGGUCUCCAACGGCUGUGUGAGCAAGAUCCUGGGCCGCUACUACGAGACGGGCUCCAUCCGCCCACGCGCCAUCGGCGGCAGCAAGCCGCGCGUCGCCACGCCCGCGGUGGUCGGCCGCAUCGCCGCCCUCAAGAGGGACUGCCCCUCGAUAUUCGCGUGGGAGAUCCGCGACCGCCUACUCGCCGACGGCGCGUGCGGACCCGACACGCUGCCCAGCGUGUCGUCCAUCAACCGGGUGCUGCGCAACAUCUCCAGCGACAAGCAGCACCACCACCACCACCUCCUGCUCGCCGCCGGGGGCGGCCUGCACGAUGCGGGCCUCCACCCGUGCCCAGACAGCGCAGGGGGCAAGGCGUGGGGGGGCCCCCUCGCCUCCUCCUCCUCCUCGGCUCCUCACCCGCCGGGCCACGGCGACGCCGCGGGGCCGCUGCUCGGCGGCCCCGCCGCGGGCCCCUGGGCCUCCAAGCUCGGCUGGGUCGCCUGCGGCAGCGCCUCUGCCGCUGCUGGGGACGGCGCCUUCGAGCUGGAGGGGUGUGACUACCGCGAGGUGGGCGGGGGUGGCAGCACCGCGUCCUCCGCCGACGACUCCGACGACGUCCAGAUGAGGCUCCAGCUCAAGCGGAAGCUGCAGCGCAACCGCACCUCGUUCACCCACCAGCAGAUACAGGCGCUGGAGAAAGAAUUCGAGCGGACGCACUAUCCCGACGUGUUCGCCCGCGAGAGGUUGGCUUCGAAAAUCGACCUCCCGGAGGCGAGGAUACAGGUGUGGUUCUCGAACCGCCGCGCCAAGUGGCGUCGCGAGGAGAAGAUGCGGCACCAGAGGCGGCAGCUGGCCGGCGGGGACGCGGGGGACCCCAGCCAGGGCACCAACGCCCAGGGGGCCUACGGCGUCUCCUUCCAGCACCACCACUCGCACGCGCAACAAGGUCAGAUGCUGAGCCCGGUAGAGUCGGUGAGCAUCCCCGGUGCCUAUGGAGCCAUGGGCCCCAUGCCCAGCUACCCGGGCGGUGGGCUACCCAGCCAGCCGACGUCCACCAAUCAGACGCAGGCUUUCUCGUGCAUGGUGUCGUCCAAUCCGAUGCGAGGGUUCGAAGCGUACUCAAACAAUCAGCCGUCACCGCACGUGGGCAGCCAGCCAAUGGGAGCGACCAACACUGGAUCCACAGGGAUGCUGUCACUGGGCCUCUCCUUCCCACUCUCCAUCCCGAGUGGAGACCAGGAGCUCGCACACUACUGGUCCAGGCUCCAGUAGGCCCCGGCGAGAUUUUCUUCGACACGGCUUUUUGGUCAUCCCCCCCACCCCGCGCUCCCCUCUCCCCCUCGCCUCUGAAACGAAGCACACGUGCGCGCGCCACGUGCGCCACGCCACGUGCAUCACGUGCGU